AUGGGUAAAGUCAAGGACUACUUGCGACCUGGCGAAGGGCUGCCCGGCGAGAGAGCAUUAGUGCAGAAGCUCGAUUUCUUUAUCUUGACCUUCUGCUGCUUGAUGUACUUCUCCAAUUACCUCGACCGCUCGAACUUGGCCAAUGCAUACGUAUCUGGCAUGCGAGAAGAGCUAUCCUUCGUAGGGAACCAGCUCAACCAGAUCAAUACAGUUUUUACCGUCGGAUACAUCCUUGGCCAAGUACCCUCGAAUCUGGCCCUGUAUUACAUCCGGCCCCGCAUCUUCUUCCCUGCCAUGAUGCUUGUCUGGGGUGGUUUGACGAUGGUCACAGCCUCAGUACAGAGUCCUCAGUCCAUUAUGGCAAUCCGCUUCUUCCUUGGACUGGCCGAGUCCAGUACGUUUGUCGGAACUCACUAUAUCCUUGGCUCAUGGUACACGGAAAGAGAGCUAGGGAAGCGAAGCGGCAUCUUCACUGCGUCCGGUCUUGCGGGCACUAUGAUCGGUGGAUUUAUCCAAACUGGCAUUCACUCCUCGCUCAAUGGCCGCAGCGGGCUCAGCGGCUGGCGCUGGCUCUUCAUCAUCGAUGGCAUUAUCACGUUACCCAUAGCCAUCUACGGCUUCCUCCUCUUCCCAGAUACACCUACGACAACGAGGGUUCCCUACCUUAAUGCUGUCGAGCGCCGCCUCGCUGUAUCACGCGUGCCUCCGCCAUCACAUAAGCGGUCGCCUCUCAGCCUUUCAUUCCUUAAGGAGGUCCUGACCUCCUGGUACUGGUACGGCUUCGUCGUCCUCUGGAUCAUCGCCGGAGAGACCGAGUCCUUCAGCACGAACGCCCUGCUGGCACUGUACAUGAAGAGUCACCCAACCAGGAGGUAUACCGUCGCGCAGCUCAACAACUACCCAACUGGCGUACCCGCCGUCGGCAUUAUCAGCACGAUCUUCUGGGCGACCCUAACCGACUUCAUGGGCGGCAAGCGCUACCUUGUCGGCUACUUCAUCGCUAUCACUGGUAUUGUCACAUCCGUUAUGAUUCUGACACUUCACGGGAGCACAGCGAGCAUCUUCGGCGCCUAUUAUUGGGCCGGCAGUGUUUACGCCUGCCAGGCAACCUUCUUUGCUUGGGCGAACGACGCGCUGAGGUAUGAAGAUGACAUGCUGCGAGCUGUGGUGAUUGCGAGCAUGAAUAUGGGAAGUAACGCCGUCAAUGCUUGGUGGAGUAUCGUCUUCUACAGUGCGAACUUUGCGCCGUGGUUUACUAGGGGCAUGUGGGCGAUGAUCGGAUGUUCGAUUGCACUGGCUCUGUGGACAACCGGCCUGUUGUAUAUGACCGCAAGGUCGGAGCGGAGAAGAGAAGCGGAGGCUGUGCAGAGGAACUCGGAGGAUGCCAGAAGCGAUUCUGUGCCCGAGAAGGCUUGA